UAUAUGCUUUGUCGGCCUCCUCGCUCGUACCGUCAGUUUUGCUAACCGACACCUGCGACAGCAAACACUUUUAUCGAGCUUUUUGUUUUACCCGUGUUAUUAGAAUGGCUGUAGCUGAAGACCGGGCCUCCUGCUAAUGCGUUUUAUGUGGAGUGACUCGGUCAUGUUGCCUCCUUCAGAGAAACUGCCCGGUUCAGGCUGAGUUUUCGGCAUGACAGGGAUGAAGAUAGACCUGGAACAAGUGCUAAUACAUAUUUUUAAAUCCUCAGAUAUCAAUCUUAUUACCUUGCUGUCAAGACUUCCAAUAGAGAUUUUCAAAUGAAAAUGGAGGAUAUGCCCCUCUCAGGCCCAGACAACACCAGGCUGGAGGCCCUGGCCCAUGACAUCUACUCUGAGCUGGUGGAAGAUGCCUGUUUGGGCCUGUGUUUUGAGGUGCAUCGUGCGGUGAAACAGGGCUAUUUCUUCUUGGAUGAAACGGACCAAGAGAGCAUGAAGGAGUUUGAAAUUGUGGAUCAACCAGGAGUGGACAUAUUUGGACAGGUGUACAAUCAGUGGAAGAACAAAGAGUGUGAGUGUCCCAACUGUAAAAGAUUAAUAGCAGCUUCUCGCUUUGCUCCGCAUUUGGAGAAAUGCCUCGGCAUGGGACGCAACAGCAGCCGCAUCGCCAACCGCAGGCUAGCCAGCAGUAAUAAUAUGAGCAAAUCAGAAAGUGAUCAAGAAGACAAUGAUGACCUUAAUGAUAAUGACUGGUCGUACGGGGCUGAAAAAAAAACCAAGAAGAGAAAGUCAGAUAAGAGUCAAAAUUCCCCAAGAAGAUCCAAAUCCCUGAAACAUAAAAACGGUGAGAUUGGAAGUGGCGUCGGUGCCGAAUCUUACAAGUACAACUAUAAUACUGGCAUCAGUUAUGAAACCUUGGGCCCCGAUGAAGUCAGAUCCCUUCUAACGACGCAAUGUGGGGUGAUAUCUGAGCACACAAAGAAGAUGUGUACCAGGUCUCAGCGAUGUCCCCAACACACGGACGAACAGAGGAGGGCCGUCAGGGUGUUCCUCCUGGGGCCGUCCGCGCCGACGCUGCCUGAUGCAGAUGCUGUGGAGACUGACAGCUUUGACAUUCCAGAUGCACAACCCUUAAUGAGCCGCCUGCAGUGGGAGGACUCUGAUAUUUCGCCUACUGAUUCUGCUUCGUCUAAAGCCAGCACCAACCAUUCAGAUUCUCGGAAGCCCAAGAAAAAGAAGAAGCCAUCUCUUCCAUUGAACAGUGGAGGAGGAGGAAGUGGGAGUGGAAGCCUGGCUGGAGGCGGCGGCAGCAGCUCCCAGAGUAAUAUCAGUAUAUCGACCAAAAAAAAGAGGCCCAAACUCUCAGCACCUCCUAUUUCAAGUAUCUAUGAUGAUUUAAACUAGCAUAGGCCAAUUUGUCAGACCAGCCCUCGCUUCCUCUUAUUAAGUCCCUUCUUUCACACCAAGCUUUAAAGGUCUGAGCUGUAUGGGAUGAAACUUGAGUUAGAAGUUCCUUAGUAAUCAUUUGGCCUUGAUAACUGAGGCAUCUACAUUUAAAGAUUUAUCCUUCCUGAAUUAUGAACACAGAGUUUAAGAAUUGUGGUCAGAGUCCAGUCAGAGUAUCUGCAGUAACGGAUUGGCUCACUUCCAGUGUAAAACAGAAUUUACUUCUGCUAUACACGUAAUUUAUGACUUACAUUUGUCUUCAGCUGAUAUCGAGGAGGACUUGAUGCAUUCGGGUGACGCUUUGUGUGGCAGUUUCAAUGAGGAGCUUCCACACGACACUGCAGAAAACUUUCCAGCCAAUUAAACAAAAUUGUAAAGUAGUGAAAGUUGAUUAUUUGAACCAAAACAUAAUUUUAUGCAGCAGUGUUACGCUUCUCUUCAGUGGAAUACUUAGGUUUAUUAAAAACAGCCACAGAGAUGUGCACAUACCUUUUGCUAUGUAUAGGUAGCCACAUUUUUAGAGCUUGUUUAUUUAAGAUAUAGAAAUAAAGAACACGUUACCCAUGUACCAAAGAUGGCAACCUGGGUUCAGUGCCACCCCUUUGUUGCAUGUCUUCCUCACUCUCGCAGUCGAUACUUUGAAAUAAAGGCAAAAAACGCUUAGAAAUAAUUCUUUGAAAAUAAAUGAACCACUUAUGUGUAAAUGAUCUCUCCUGUGCUCUAAAUUUUAUUUUACAGAGGGCCUUGAAGUUACAAAAGACAUCAAUAAUAAGACCACCUGCACUGCAAUGUCCUGGAACUGAAAAAAACUUUCACUACCAGCUUGUGGUCUGAAAAGUUUAGAUUUUUUUCUUCUUUAAGUUCGACUUAAAUUGAAAGGCCUUAAAUUCAAAAACCUUCAGAUACUCUGUCAUUGGUGAGCCUGUGACCGGCCCCUCUUCUUGGACUUUGUGUUCAGACUCAGUCGUAAGGACACGUUCAACACUUGACACACAUAUACUGGAGUACUCAUCAGUGGCUUUUUAAUUCUAGCAUUGUAUUGCACAGUCGUGUGUGUGUGUGUUUGUGUGUCUGUAUGAUGAUUUGCAUUUAGCGUGAAUGUCAAUUUUGUGUGCGUGCGUGCCUGUGUGUAAGUGUACGUGCGUUUGGUGUGUGUGUGUGUAAUCAUUCUUUUCACAAACUAUGCAUCCUAGAAUGUGACUCUUGUGAAAGUAUGUGUGUCAUUUGGAAUAUUUAACUCGUUUACAUUAACGGUAUAUUUAAGUUUGUAUUUGUCACUGCCUUUGUGGUGAUGUGCAUAUUACUUGUGUGUAAAUGCAGAUUUUGAUAUUUGAUGAGCCAGUAGGCUUUUGGGGCACAUGUACAGUACAUGUAUGUUUGACAUAAAUCAUGAAUUCAACAUUUAUUUGUUUCCUCCUUAGAAAGCCUUGUUCUGUGCGCUUUCACUCACUUUGCUUGUAGAUUACAUUGUAAAAGUAGAUCAGCCCAGCAGUUCAGCUUGUUGUUAAUGACCAUGAGCGAUAAGGCUGCAUUUUGUAAGCUUGUAACCAACAGUGUCUGAUGUAAAUUAUGAGGUUUAUUACAUAUUGUAGAUGCCAAAGUCCUGUACUUUUCAGGUCUUGGAGAAGAAUUUGUUUUUCUUCUAAAUUGGAAAUUGCUCACCCAAAGACUUUAUGCAGUUUUUAUAGUGGAAUCUGAAGUGCAAAUCCAGGAUGCUUUAUUUUAAUCAGGAUUUCAUAAAGAGGGAAGGUAAAGUUGACCUAUUCUGUUUAUUCUUAUUUUAUUUCAUGUAUUUUGAAUGUUCAUAUUAAACAUGGGGAGAGUUGCCAAUG